GGGGUGGGGGGCCGUCGCGUCUCCAUGCGCCGCCGUAGGUAGAGGCGGGCUGCUGCGCGGCUCUGCGGAGACGGCGGCGAGGAGGAGGAGGAGGCGAUCCCGGCCAUGUCGGACUCCAAGGUGAAGGUGGCGGUGCGGGUGCGGCCUCUCAACAAGAGAGAGCUGUCCGGGAACACACGCUGCGUGGUGGACAUGGUGGAUACCCAGACUGUGCUGUCACCUCCGACCCUCGGCACGGCCGACACCAGUUACCACAACGAUGCUCGCAAACAGGCAAAGACGUUCAGGUUUGACUACUGCUUCUGGUCAAUUGACGAGACGAACAAGGAGAAGUUCUCUGGGCAAGACGUGGUGUUCCAGUGCCUGGGGGAAGACCUCCUAGACAACGCCUUUGAUGGCUACAACGCGUGCAUCUUCGCCUAUGGGCAAACCGGCUCGGGCAAGUCGUACACGAUGAUGGGCACCGCGGAGCAGCCGGGGCUCAUCCCGCGCCUGUGCUGCGAGCUCUUCCAGCGGCGCGAGCGCCUGCAGAGCGCCGACCUCUCCUGCAAGCUGGAGGUCUCCUACCUGGAGAUCUACAACGAGCGCGUGCGCGACCUCCUCGACCCCAAGGGGAGUCAAACGGCACUCAAGGUCCGUGAGCACCAGAUAUUCGGUCCGUACGUCGAUGGCCUUUCCCAGCUGGCUGUGACAUCUUACCAGGACAUCGACUCGCUGAUGUCGGAGGGGAACAAGUCGCGGACGGUGGCGGCGACGAACAUGAACGAGGAGAGCAGCCGCUCGCACGCCGUGUUCACCAUCACGCUCACCCAGACGCUCACCGACCUCGCCUCGGGGACAUCUGGUGAGAAGGUCAGCAAGAUAAGCCUGGUGGACCUGGCAGGGAGCGAGCGUGCAUCCAAAACCGGGGCAGCAGGGGACCGUCUCAUCGAGGGCAGCAACAUCAACAAGUCUCUCUCCACUCUGGGAUUGGUUAUUUCCUCGCUCGCUGACCAGGCGGCUGGGAAGAACAAGAAUAAGUUUGUGCCGUACCGUGACUCAGUGCUCACCUGGCUUCUAAAGGACAACCUGGGCGGGAACAGCCGCACGGCGAUGGUGGCCACGGUGAGCCCCUCCGCCGACAACUACGAGGAGACGCUGUCGACGCUGCGCUACGCCGACCGCGCCAAGCGCAUCGUCAACCACGCCGUCGUCAACGAGGACCCCAACGCCCGCAUCAUCCGCGAGCUGCGCGACGAGGUGGACAAGCUGAGGGGCCAGCUCAACCAGGCCGAGUCAAUGAAGGCCCCGGAGCUGCAGGACAGGCUGCAGGAGAGCGAGAAGCUGAUGAAGGAGAUGACCGUCACUUGGGAGCAGAAGCUGCGCAAAACCGAGGAGGUUGCACUGGAACGGCAGAGGCAGCUGGAGAGCCUUGGAAUCUCUCUGGCGUCCUCGGGCAUCAAGGUGGGCGAUGACAAGAGCUUCCUGGUCAACCUCAACGCAGACCCGGCGCUCAACGAGCUGCUCGUCUACUACCUGAAGGAGCACACCCUGGUGGGGGCGGACGACUCGCAGGACGUGCAGCUGUGUGGCCUGGGCAUCCUGGCGCAGCACUGCACCAUCACCAUGGACGGCGAGGGCACGGUCACCCUGACCCCGCGGGAGGGGGCACGGACGUGUGUGAACGGUGCCGCUGUGCAGGCGCCCACAAAGCUGUGGCACGGGGACCGCAUCCUUUGGGGCAACAACCACUUCUUCAGGGUGAACCUGCCGCGGUGCCACCGUGAGCGGAGAGCCGCGAGUCCCACAGCGACGGGCUUUCCCGGCUGGAGUGGAGAGGCGGCUCCUGGGAAAGGCCAAGAACCGGAGGGGUGGGAGGACCCGGCGGAGGGUCGAGGGCAGGCCCAGGACUCGCCCGAACCCCCCUGCACCUUCGAGUUUGCUCAGAUGGAGGUGAUCGCGCAGACUCCGACGUCGAGCAGCGCGCGCGUGGAGGUGGAGAGCGUGGUGCGCACGCUGGAGCGCCAGUACGAGCAGGACAAGGAGGCAGCGCUGCUCGAGCAGAGAGCCAUGUACGAGACGGAGCUGCGCUCGCUGCGGGAGGCACUGGCGCCUGAGAGGCACGCGGGGCCCGGCGCGCGCCACGGGCCCUCCCCGCGCCUCUCCAUGCUGCCCAGCACGCAGCACCGCCUCAGCCUGUGGGCCCAGGAGAGGGAUGAGCAGUUCAGGCAGAGCCUGGCGCGACUGCGUGAGCAGAUCGUGCGUGCCGACGCCCUGGUGUGGGAGGCGAACCUGCUGAGCGAGGAGAUGAGCAGAUGCACCGACUUCCAGGUGACGCUGCAGAUUCCCGCCGGCAGCCUUCGUGCCCACAGCAAGCGCGGCAUGCUGGUGAGCGAGCCGGCGGUGCAGGUGCGCCGGCAGGGGCAGGGCACGCAGCUGUGGUCGCUGGAGAAGCUGGAGAAUCGGCUCGUGGUGAUGCGGGAUCUCUACCAGAACUGGAAGCAGAGCAACUACGACCCAUUGGGCGCGGGGGUGCGCGGCGCGGACGACCCCUUCUUCGAGGCGCAGGUGGAGCACGACCUCAUCGGCGUGGCCAACCUCUUCCUGGAGAGCCUGAUGCACGACGUGCGGCUCGCCUACGCCGCGCCCAUCAUCAACCAGCAGGGCGAGGUCGCAGGCCGCCUGCACAUGGAGCUGCAGCGGGUGAGCGGGCCGGACCCUGAACGCAUGGCAGGCGGGGAUGACCCCUCGGAUGAGUCGGAUGGCAGCAGCGACAGCGAGGACGCCGGCUUUAUCCGCCAGCUUGUCUUCAAGGUGCGCAUCAAGGAGGCGGUGGGGCUGCCGGCCGAGCUGGCUCACUUCGUGUUCUGCCAGUACUCGGUGUGGGGCCACAAGCAGGUCGUGACGGUGCCGCCCCAGAUCAACCCCGACUCUCCGCCCUCCGUGACCUGCUCAGGCCCGGCCACGGUCCGCUUCGACCACACUCAGGAGUUCUCGCUGCCAGUGUCGGAGGAGCUGCAGGACGUGCUCACGGAGGAGGCGCUCUCCGUGGACGUUUGGGGCCACCGGCUCGGCGCCAGCCACAUUGGCCACGAGGUGCCCCAGUGGGAGCCCACGGUGCUGCAGGAAAAAACGAGGUCCCUGCAAGACAGGUGGAGCGACGUGACGCGCCGCGUGGAGCUCUGGGUGCAGGUGCAGGAGGUGAGCGAGCAGGGCGACUACGUCCCCGUGGAGGUCCGCGGCGACGCGCACCGGUCCACGGGCGGCGUGUUCGCCCUGCGGCAGGGCCGCUCGCGCCGCGUGCUGGCGCGCGUCAGCCCCGUGCAGGGCUCCGGUAACCUGCCCAUCGUGCCCGAGAGCAUCCUCUCCGUGUCCGUGGGCUGCAUCGAGGCGCGCAGCACCAAGGGCGCCGGCUCGCAGAAGGACCGUGAAGACGUGGACAGUUACCAGGAGGACGGGCUGCUAGCGUUGCGCGAGCGGUGGUCGGAGGCAUUGUCAGUGAGACGGGAAUACCUGGACGCUGAGAUACAGGAGCUCGUCGCUAAACCAGACAAGUCGGAGGUGGAGAAGGAGAGGGAGUCACGGCUCGUGUCCCAGUGGGUCGGCCUCACGGAGGAGCGCAACGCCGUCCUGGUCCCCGCCCCGGGCAGCGGAGUGCCCGGGGCCCCCGCCGAGGGGACGCUGGUCCCUGGUAUGGAGCAGCACUUCCCUGUGCUCUUCCUGGAUCUGAACGAGGACUUGAGCUGCGGUGAGGACUUUUCGGAGGAGUCGCUGCCGGGUCUCUCUGCGUUCCUGCCCGGGGAGUACGGCAGCCAGUUCUAUUACCUGCCCAUCGUGCGCCACGACGACGAUCAGGUGCAGGUGGUGGCAUCGUGGGACGCGUCCGUGCACGACUCGCCGCACCUUAACCGCGUCACUCCUCCCAACGAGGUCGUUUACGCCAUCAUCAAGGUGACGGUGCAGAUGAGCGCCCCGUCGAACGUGGAGGUCGUCCUCCGCAAGAGGAUCUGCCUCACGGUUGGAGCGAAGCCGAGCCUUGGCCAAUACCUCAAGCGCCGCAUGUCCUUCAAGGGCUCCGUGCUGCAGGCCAGCGCAGUUACCUACGAGGUGGUCUCCAACAUCCCCAAGGCGUCGGAGCAGUGGGAGGACGGCGCAACGCUCGCUCUCCUGGCCGCGCGGGGCGAGGGCGGCGAGGACGGAGAGAGCUACAUGGACAAGUACACGCGGCGCAUCCUGGCGCUCGGAAACCUGCUCAACAUGGAGCGGCUGAGACAGGAGGUGGCUCUGAUGGAGUGUCUGACAGCCAAGGGGAAGCACGUUCGCAAGAGCUGCAGUACCCCGAACGUGCACGCGCUCUCUGGGAGCCGUCUGGACCUGAGCAGUGGCUAUGAGGAUGAAGACAACAAGCGAUUCCCCGGGAGCACCCUGGAGCUCUCGUCAGCAAUGCGACGCAGCUGCCAGGAGCUGUCGCCGCCGCAGAACGCGGCCUCCUCCCGCACGUCCACCCCCCACAUGGGACAAGAGUGGGGGGCAGGGGAGGGGUCCCCCGGGGGGUCCAGGCCAAGCCCUCGCUACCUCAAGCCCCUCACGCCUCUCCGGCAGAACCAGCUCAUAUCCCCGCCCAAGAUCGCCAAAGAGGAGCGCACCUCCUCCCGCCUGGGCGCCCUCAGCGGGAGCAGAGACCGGCUGCCGCUGCACCCUGAGGUCCCGGCGGCCGCCGGCGGCGCCACCCCCCCAACUCUGGCGCGGCCGGCCACGUCGGGGGCCUCGAAGCCGAGGCCGGCCACAUCGGCGUCCUCGCCCAAGCCGGCCGGCGCAGGGCUCGUUCCGCUGCCGUCCAAGGUGCCGCAAUACAGAGGAGGGGCGCCGUCCAUCACCGUGGCAGCGCCUCAGGGGCCCUCGGCAACACCAGUGAUAGUUAAGCCUCCAACAGUGACGGCGGAGGUAGUGAAAGCCCCAGAGGUAGUUAAGGCUCCAUUAGUAACAAGAGGGGUAGUUAAGGCUCCAGUAGUAAGAAGAGAUGUGGAUGAGGCUCCAUCAGUAAUGCCAGAGGUAAUUAUGAAGCCCGCAUCAGUAACACCUGAUGUGACAUUGGUGGUGAAGAAGGCACCAGAGAUGGAAAUUCACGCCCCGCCUGUAGCGACGGCAAUGUCUCAGGUACGGUCGGGAACGCCCGAUGAUCCUCCCUGCCCACCAGUUGCAGCGCCAGCUUCGACGCUCACGCCGCAGGGGUUUAAACCCCGGGCAGUAGAUGUCGAGGCACAUGGGCCUCCGUCGGUCAAAGCAAAGGUAGAGAAAUAUCCCUCGGCAUUAUCAGGAGCAGACGCAUCUUUACCAGUAACAGCAGAGGCUGCUAAAACGCAAUCGGUAGUAUCAGAGGCUGCUAAAACACAAUCACUAAUGUCAGAGGCUGCUAAAGCAUUGUUAGAAACAGCACCAUCUGCAGCUGCAGAGGUUGCUGCAGCACAUUCGUCGUUGUCAGCGUUUCCUGUGCAGUCGACCGCACCGGUGGCGUCUCCCCAGUAUCCUUCGUCCGUCGCGCGGUCGGAAUUGACCACGGCAGCACGCGCGGCGGUGACUCUGCCGCCCGCCGGAGCGACAAUCGCAGGGGCGGCGGCAGACGUCGGGCCCGCGAGCGCCCUCGGCGCUCGGAAGCCCUCGACGGCCGCAACGGUGCCCGAGCGCUCGGCGGCGAAGCCAACCCCGGAGCCUGCGCCGCCCGCCCGCGUCUCCGCUGCGGCAGCGACGGCGGCACCGGAAGGGGCCGCGCCCGCGGGGGCGAGGGCUGCUUCGGCAGGCUUGGGCCCGCCUGCGGCAUGGGCGGCACCGUCGCCAGUGGAGGUCGCGGCAAAAUCCCCACCGUCGCGAGCGGCGGAGCGGAUUGAAGGCGGCGCGCACGCAGAAACCGCAGCAGCUGCCGAUGUCCCACAGACGGCAAACGGAUCCCUUCCAGUUGCAUUGCUGACGAGACCCUCGGCAAAUGUUCAGUCGGUCAUCGCGCCAACCAAGAUGACGGCAAAAUCUGAGGUGACUAAAGGGACGAGUGAGCAGGACCCUUCGAAACACUCUGCCACCACCCUGAGUCAGAAGACGGCACCCACCGUGCCCGCCACAGCUCCUACCAGGCCCACCACAGCUCCUACCAGGCCCGCCACAGCACCCACCGUGCCCACCACAGCACCCACCGUGCCCACCACAGCACCCACCGUGCCCACCACAGCUCCUACCAGGCCCACCACAGCACCCACCGUGCCCACCACAGCACCCACCGUGCCCGCCACAGCUCCUACCAGGCCCACCACAGCACCCGCCGUCCCCACCACAGCACCCACCGUGCCCGCCACAGCUCCUACCAGGCCCACCACAGCACCCGCCGUGCCCACCACAGCACCCACCGUGCCCGCCACAGCUCCUACCGUGCCCACCACAGCUCCUACCAGGCCCACCACAGCACCCACCGUGCCCACCACAGCUCCUACCAGGCCCACCACAGCACCCGCCGUGCCCACCACAGCUCCUACCAGGCCCACCACAGCACCCACCGUGCCCACCACAGCACCCACCGUGCCCGCCACAGCACCCACCGUGCCCGCCACAGCUCCUACCAGGCCCACCACAGCACCCGCCGUGCCCACCACAGCUCCUACCAGGCCCACCACAGCACCCACCGUGCCCACCACAGCACCCACCGUGCCCACCACAGCUCCUACCAGGCCCACCACAGCACCCACCGUGCCCACCACAGCUCCUACCAGGCCCGCCACAGCACCCACCGUGCCCACCACAGCACCCACCGUGCCCACCACAGCACCCACCGUGCCCGCCACAGCACCCACCGUGCCCACCACAGCACCCGCCGUGCCCACCACAGCACCCACCGUGCCCACCACAGCACCCGCCGUGCCCACCACAACACCCACCGUGCCCACCACAGCUCCUACCAGGCCCACCACAGCACCCACCGUGCCCACCACAGCUCCUACCAGACCCACCACAACACCCACCGUGCCCGCCACAGCUCCUACCAGGCCCACCACAGCACCCACCGUGCCCACCACAGCACCCACCGUGCCCACCACAGCACCCACCGGUCCCGCCAAAGCGGCAUUCCCGGGACUGGCGUCGUUCAAGAUCGAAAAGGUGAGGCCCUCCUCGCUUGCCUCCUUCUCGACCAUCGUCAAGGAGGACGGCGUGGCGGCGCCGGGCGCGGGGACGCCCGCCUCAAAGAGGGGACCGUCGACGGCCGAGGAGAAGCGUGGGGAGGCGGCGAGCGCGAGGAGCGAUCGGGAGCGCGAGGCGGAGAGGCGCGCCGCGCCCGUGCUCAAGCGCCGCAACUCGAGCGCGGACAGCCUGGAGGAGCUCCUGUCCUGCGUCGAGCCGGAGGCCUCCGACUCGGACGCGGACUCCGGGGGCGGCGACCCCUCGGACGGCGCGUCGCCCGCGCCUCGCGGGGGAUCCGAGGCGGGACGGGCGGCGGCGCCCAGCAAAGCGCCGCCACUCGGUGCCGCCGAGGGGAAGGGCCGGGCGCGACCGCCGGCCUCGCUGGCCAGCGAUGGCGAGGGCCCGUGGCGGGACGGGCGCAGUCUCGGCGGUGUGAGCCAGGUGGGCGAGGAGGAGGAGGAGGAAGAGGAGGAGGAGCUCCCGCCUUGGCUGGCGGUGGGGGUGGCGGUGAGCGUCGACCGCAGCGAGCUGCAGACCGGCACGGUGCGCUUCCUGGGCAGCGCGGAGUUCGCGCCGGGGACCUGGGUCGGGGUGGAGCUGGACCUGCCCGCAGGCAGAAACGACGGCUCGGUGCACGGCCGCCCCUACUUCCACUGCAACCCGGGAUACGGCCUGUUCGUCAGGGCCGAGCGCGUGUCCCAUGCGCCACCGCGAGCCCAGCCCACCCGGAACCGCGCGCCCACGGCGGCCCGCGCUCGCGCGACGGACGCCUCGGCCCUCUCCUCGUCACAGCCCAACCUGGCGCGCCUGUCCGGCUCCCGCAGCGACCUCUCGGGGUCGCGACCCGACCCGGCCUCCGAGCCGUCGCCGGGGAGACGCGCCGGCGGCGGCGCGGGGAAGACGGGCGGGCAGCUCCGGGUGGCGGCGAGGACCAGCGAGGGGCGCAACUCCUGGGCUCCGUGAGGAGGGAGGGAGGGGAGGGGAGGGUUCUCGUGGCCGGCCCUGGUCGGCUUCGGCCUCCGUUCGGGAAGCUCAAGCCUGAAGAGAGGCCGCCCCCGUGACCUGCAGUUUUCACGAUGCUUCAUUCGCCGAGAAAAUCCUCAGGACUAUUUUUCAGGAGAAGUCUCUGCUUGGGAUGGUUGGUAACCUUUCUGGUUGAGUUUUUGUUUGCAUGCGAGAGGAAAUCGGUGUGCGUGGAAAGCCAGGGCACGCGAUGGAUAACGCGCAAAUUCCACAAGCACGGUCGGAAACGUAUCUGUUAUACUGCAGUCCGCGGGCAUAUUGUAUUCCAGGUGGCAAAUGUCUCACGUGAUGAUUCCAUCCAUCUCUGUAUAAUCCACCAACCCCAUCGCCAAGUUGCUGAAUUACGGGCAUAUACCACCAUGGCCGGUAAAGAUUGGUCACCUCCCAGUGUCCUUUAUUUUGCUGGGUGAGUGCCAAUUAGAAUGCAGUUUUCCUAGUACACCGAGGCUAAGUAGGGUACAGAUUUUAUACAGCUCUUUUGCAGGCGAGGCUCUAAUUUGAAAUGCGAGCAACAAUGAUAGGACACAAUUAGCUGCUCUUGGGAAUGCUGCAACAGACUUCUCUUCAACAUCCAUUUUUAUUUCAAAAUGCUGCGCUUUGGUAACUCGGUGCCAGGAUUACUGUGCGGCUGUAUCAGGGAUCGAACUGGUACUUACUGGCUCAAUGGCGAGAAUAAUCACUGCCGGGAUCCCCAGCUCUAUGAACGGUCUGCUCUGCUGUUAAAGAUUCACAUGGAGACAGGUACUAGCAUCCUCGCUGGCUUUGAUAUCUGCCCACCUCGUGAUAAGCGAGGGCUGAUGUCCCAUGACAGAUGCCCUUCAUCUUGUAUAACCUUCCGCGGCUCUCACGGAGUGUCGAGUCCGACUGCUCAACAUUAUCCCACCAACCAAUCCGUUUCCUUCCUCUUCCCUUCCGCUAUCCCUUGCAGACCGAUCAUCGUCACUGCUGCAGCUGACCCUUUUGGGACAUGUCCUUCAUUCGCUGUCCUUUCCCCGCACCUCCGAUUAGCACGGCUCGCUACGUACGGUGCGAAAGAAGUUCAGCAUAAGUACAUUCAUUCAUUUCCCCCCCCCCCCACUUUUCAUCAUAAUUCCCAGUCAUUCCCCAUGUCGCCGUUCUCUCUCGGCGCAUUCUUAUUCCGUCACGCCAACCCGCUCAUUACAUUGUGCAGUGUGUAACGAGCACAACGAGUGCAUCUCCGAUUAGCACGCUUGGCUACGUUUGGUGCAAAAGAAGUUCAACUUACAUACAUUCGUUAAAACAAAACGCAUUCAGUCUAUUUAUCUCGUCCUUCCACGGUGUCCAUGGGUGCUUAUCUCACAACUUUGAAAACCUAAAGCGUUUCAUUUCCUCAUCCAAAUUUUUUUCUCGUUUUGUGUCCGAUCUGUAACUACCCCUCAGCCAUUUUCAAAACCAGUUCUUCUUUUAACCGGUCUUGUUACAAUUUUCCGGUCGUAUUCCAAUGUUCGCACUUGCUCCAGCUAUUCCCCUGACAUGUGCAUCUUGGCAGGAGAUACUUUUUGUAUAAACACAUCGUCAUUGUCUCCUUAAUGUAGAUUUUCAUACCAUACUUUCUGCCGAUAUGAUGCAUAUGCCGGAAUGAUGGUUAUGUCCUGGGGUCUUGCACUUUUCUUGAUGAGGAUCUGUUUGGCUGAUGUGUCAGCCAAUGCUUAAUGGAUGCUGCACACUGAUUCUUAGCCAUCCUUUUACGUCCCUCACCGAUUGCAUAGAAACAUUAAAAACCUUUGGACGUGAACCCCACUGCUCGCUUUUCACAGAUGCACUUUUUUCCCCCAGACAUUUAAUCUCAUUUUUUUCAUUUUCCCUGCGAUAUUUCACAGCUUUGCUGGGACAUUUGCUGCUCAGAUUCCAUGUUGCUAUCUCCAGCAUUCCUUUUGGAAGCAAUGUAUCGUCUUGUUCCCUUCUUCCUCUCAUCAGGAAUCGCAGUCCUCCCCUGUAGGGAGGUUUGUUGCAAAAUAGUAAUUGGUCACCAUCCAUUUUCCAGAAGUUGUGUUCAGAUUUCUACCGAUUCUUCUCUACCGCUCCCAUCCCUCCUCAAACCCACACACACACACGUCUCACACAAACCUAAGCCAUUGAUUGGCUGUCUACGGUUGUAGUUCUUCUGCCUUCACCAACUUCCCCCCUGGAGGGUCUCUUGUGCCCCCCCCCCCCUGCACUGGUUUUUGCCGUUGUUGGUUUCGCCGUUGAUGUCACCGUCUUCAUCCGUGUGCCUGGGGCCUUGCCGAGCGCCAUCCGGGUCCACGCACACCCUCUGUCGGUGCAAUUUAGCUGCCCCGCUCUCGCCACAUUUAAUUUUUCCCGUGGUGAAAUCACUACUGAUAGCUGCUGCGGACAGGUGUAAGGUAAUGCAUGUAAAAAAAACAAGUUGUCUUAGGCCUCUUUGUAUAUCCACUGGCUAAGUGAUAGCAGAAACACUACGGCUACAGCUGCUGGAGUGUAAAGCUUUAUGGAAUUUUGCUCGCCCGGUGUUGAUAUAAGGGAUUUUACCAUUAACAAUGCGCAGUGUUACUUGAAAGUUAAUAAAGCUUAGAUUUGUGCAUUCGGUCAACCUAUUUAUAAUAAAGUGAGUGUUCACGUAGGAUAGAAAGGGUCUGAUUCACAUUUUGGUGGAAUCUUCCGUUUUCUCCCCAAAUUAUCAAUAUGAAUGCCCCUUUCACAAAGGAGGCUCCGAUUGAGGUAGGUUAAGAUAAGAAACAAAGACAAGCCAGCUCACAAAGACCAGCAAACAGUGAAACGUGGAGAAUUACAACAAACAUUCAACUACUGUAACGAAUAUAUAUUUUGACUGAAUAUUUGUAGGUAAUUAUGAUCAAGUAGUUGCUUUAGCUGGUAUAUCACGGUCCACUUUUUAAGCUGUUUAAUGCAUUUUAUUGGGAUUUGUAAAUCCAUCACAAGACGACGUUUCCAUAUGGUAUGGGUCGGGCAUCGUGACUCGUGGCUUGAGACAUCAAUUAAACUUUAAAUCGUAUCCUCGAAUAGAAAUCUGACUAGACGCUUUGAUUGACUUUACUCGGUAAGAAAAGCUUGAAAUAGCAUAACAAUUAAAAUAAACUGCUUAUACAUAGUCUCUGGAAACUAUUGCAAUAUCAAAUCAUGGACCAUUUCCAAUAUGAAAUGCGAUCAGUUAACACAUGCAGUACGCUUGAGACUGAUACUACUUGCAUAGCAUGUAAGCUCGCAUUGCCAAUGCCCAUGUUACCAAUCUGGUUAAUAAUAGCGCCUCUAGUGGCGUGAAACCAUUCCAAUCCAAAAUAGAAUCGAUAAACAUUUGUACACUUACGAUUUCGUCGGUGCAUUUUGAGCGUGCAUGAACAGCCCGUUGUCAAUCCACUGCUGGAUGAGCAUCGUGUCACACCGUGCGGAUUGUGGAGGUUAUUUUACCAUGCUUCAUAGUCGGUGCGGAUUGGUAAAGGAUUGUGCGUACAAGUUUAUAUUAACCGAUGUGUCGUUACUCCCAAUGAAAUGACCUUCAUGUACAAUGCAUUAACUAACUACAUUCUGUACAGUUGGGGCUUAACAGUUCUGCAUAUUAGGUUAAUGUGGGUUUUAGUUGGGAUAUAGGAGAGUCAGGCCACAGGGUAACAAUAUCACGUGGUACUUGGGUGCAGGGAGCAUGCAGGACACAUUUGUACUCCAAAGGUCGCAUAAGACAAUGCAAAGCAUUUAAUAUCAAAUCAGUUUUACUUGUGUUCACCAAUUGUUCAUGUGUAUAGAGAGCCAUGAAUUGCGAGUUUCUCGAAUACAUGUUUAGUAAAAGGUUCCUCUACAGUGGCACUGCCUAAAGCCCAAACAGAAGCCUCUCUGCUCGUAUAGCGUUUCACUAUAAGAGUCUACUUGGUUUUUAAAUGUUCAUGGUAACUGCACCCGAGUCGGUUCCACACCUAUGCAAUGUAUUUGCCUCUUGGUAGAAUUUAACGAAAGAGCGUGUUGAUAUGUAACAUUCUUGUCAGGUGAGUUCUAUUCAAUAGACUCAUAAUGUAUUGAUAUUGUUCAAGACAUUAUUUGUCUAUGUGUAUUCAUUCUUGACGCCACUUUUUGUCCACUGUUCCCUUGACUGAACCGUAUAUCUAACCCUGACUUCACAUCCUCUUAACCUAAACCAACCCAGAAGUUCAGCCAUAACCCUCGUAGCCCGGUCACGGAAACCUCGACAACCUUGAACUCGUAUAAACAAGUAGACAAGGGGCAUUGUCAUUCAUCAGAUAAUAAAUAACAUUUCAGUUGUUGGUCAAUUAUAUCUCCCCCUCCCCCCAAUAUGUUUUCCCAAUGGCAUGUUUGUCAACAAUGGCAUGUUUGUCAACAAGGUAGCCGUCUCGGUCCGCUCAGCAAAGGCGUGGCCCGUUAGGACAAUGCCUCUGGCUAGUUUGACGCGUUGAACACUAGCAACGUUGCGUGAUAAGAAAUGUUGGUUGCUGCGGUGAUUAUCAAAUAUUUAAAGAUUUGGUGUUUUUUUACGCCAUUUGUACCGUCCUUUUGUCGAAUUAAUCACCAAAUGUUGAUUGCACAAUUUCGUUGAGGAGCGUCGCUUUUCACCGACGGCACGGUUAUGACAUGCACUACAACGCUGCAAAGUAAUGAGGCAAUGAUAGCGCGUGACCUUGGCUCGUGCGAACGUUGAGGCGGAUAGCCCCCAAGACAGGCAAUAAUAGGCAGCUAGUCUCUGGCCUUUGUCUUCUGAUAGCCUGCACGAUGUAAUCUGCACGGUGAUUGUGUAUGACCCGCAGCAGAAUACGAACCUUGCCACCACAUUUUGCUGAGAGUUAACAUUUUCCCGAAAUGCAAUUUUGAAGAGAACAUACGUAAAAAAACAGCGCCUUAUUAUCACACCACCAAUUAAAUUACGACUCCAUUGCUCAUUACUAAUGUUAAGAUAAACUUGAAUCUUCGUGUUAAAAUGCUCUUAAUGUUGGCUCGGGUAUGCGUGUAUUGUGCUCCUGUUUGAGAUGUCCUGUGUAAUAAACGAGAUUUAACACGCAGAAUAUUACACGCGCGUUCACGUAAAAGUUGCCCGAGUGCUCAGUCGAUCAAAUGUGUGCGUGUGUGGCGGUAUCUAUGGCCUGCAGCGUUAUUCCGAAAAGAACUGCUUGUAAUUUCUAAAAACCCAGCAAUAAAGAACAGCAAGGUGCGUUUACCUGCAGUCCAUCUUGGACGGUUUUUGUUAUUUCGUGACAAAUGGUGACGUAUCCAAUAAAGGUCUUAUCACUGA